AUGGGUUUGAAGAGGCCUAGCUCCAAGGUGGAAAACAAAGUGGCCAAGAAGCCAGCAGCAAAAGUGACAAAGGUGGCAAAGUUCAAGAAGCCAGCAGCACAGACUGGGAAGAAGGGAAUUUUGAAGGGAAAGCAGAAGGAAGUUGAGAAAGACAAUGGUGAGGAAGGGGAGGAGGAAGAAAUGCUCACUGAUGAUGAAGUUGUACACACAGUCACAUCCAAAAACCUGAAGACACACCAGCAGCUGCUGGAUGCCAAGCUCUGCUCGGCCAAGGAGAUUGACAAGGCCCUUGCCAAACUCCCUGCAAAUGAGGUCCAGAGCCUGUGGAAGAAGUUUGAGAAGAAUAGGCAGAUGGCUGGAGCUGAGAGCUCCUACAAGGAAGCCACCAAAGGAACUGGAAGCCAGGAGAGGAAGCACAAGCUGCUGAGGUCCUUCAUCCUUGAUGGAGGGUCCAUUGCCAAGAACUACAAGGAGGCCAUGCUGGUCUAUGAGAAAACUGAUGAGAAGGGAGGCAUGGUGAAGUUCAACACAUGGAAGCAGCAGGUGGACAAAUAUGGAAAGGCUGAAGCCAUGAGCAGGCUGAAAGCAGGAACAAUGAAGUUUCGCAAGUCACCCACAGACCCAAGGUUCUUCGAGUUUGCUGAUGAAAGUGAAUAUGUCAAGUGGAAGGCCAAGAAAAGCCAGACUGUGGCUUACAAGACUGACAAACACAAGGCUGGAAAAGAUGACUGGCUCAGCAUGGAGAACCUCAACUUGGAAGAUGUUGGGGAUGCCAGCUUUGCCUUAGCUGGCAAUCAACUGGAUGACAUGGCGAUCGAGCCUGAGCUGAAGGACUUCUUCAAUAAGCAGCUCUCUAAAAAGAUAGAGAAGGAAGAAAGCAAGAAGGCAUUGUUGGAGAGCUUGGCAGCCUUGGAGAAGAGCAAGAAGUGCAAGAAGUUGGUAGCAGGACCACCAAAGAAGAAGGCUAAAAAAGAAGAGGAGGAGGAAGACUGCAAUCACAGCACCAUGGCCAAGAGAAGGAAGAUUUUGUAUGUGAAGGGGGAGGAGACAGCAAACCCCAGGUAUGCACACUGGGUUCUGGACCCCAAUGAAGAUAGCCAGGUGCUGAUACCACCUAGUCCAGAAGUUGUGGAGACUGAAGAAGAAGAAGAAGAAGGGCAAGGACAGGAGGAGAACCCUGCAAGGCCUGCUACUGACUCUGCUGAAGAUGGAAAGCAGGAAAAGAAAGAGGAGCAGCCAGUGGCCACUGUGGUCAGAGUUAAGAAUGCUGAGGGACUUGUGCUGGAGAAAGAGAAAGAUUUACCUGUAAUAUUGCCUGAGGCAUGGGUGGAUACACUGCAGAACAAGAACCUCUUGCAAGAAUUGACAUGCAGCCAGAAAACUUUGAAGGAGUUCUGGUUGAAACAGGUGGAUUCAUUGCUGGUUGUGUCAAUGAGAUGCGCAAUCUCUGGUGUGGCCAUCAAACAAUCUCAGCUGCUACUGACUUGCCUCCCCAAGAGUGCAGGAACUGCUUCUUCGAUGAAGCCUAUAUGGGAAGCAAUUGCUGGCAGCUUCAAGAAGAUGGCAGAAGCAGGAAAAGGAGUUCUGUUUGUGGUGGCAGGAGAUUUGGAAUGGUUCUCCAGUGACUUUGGGUGGCCCACUGCCAUGAGCAACAACCCAUGCCCAUAUUGCCUUUGUGACAACUACUUUGAGGAGGAGAAGAGCGUGCGGCCAUUUACAGAUUUCAGGAAAGAUGCAACUUGGAAAUCUACUUUGAGGAGUGUGUCAGCACCACCACCAGUAUCACAUCCCUUAUUUGGAGUGCCAGGAACUUCCUUCUGGAGCAUGAAAUUGGAUCUGUUGCACCUUGUAGACCUUGGAGUGGCAUCCCACAUUUAUGGGAACCUCUUGGCAACCAUCGUCAAGAGCCUUCCUAUGGGAAAGAAAAGGGCUUUGGUGGAAGUCAACAAGAUGGUGGCCAUGAGAUAUGAGGAACUUGAAACCCCAGCAGGGGAAAGAAUACCCAGACUCAAUGUGUCAGACAUCUUUGGUGAUGAGUUCCCUUGCCUGAAACAUGUGAAAGGGAGGAGAGUCAGGAAAUUUGCCACUGUGGCGACACUGUUGGCUGGGACCCUGGCUACAAACACAAAAGGAAAACACAUGGAAGCUUUGUGCAAGGCCAUGGAGGAAGCCUAUGACCUUUGUGACUUGAAGGAGUAUGUUUGGGACAAGAAGGUGGGACAGCAGUUUCAAGAGAAGACUGAGGCAAUCCUAGGACACUAUUCAUGGCUGGCAAAGAAUAGCAUGAAGAGUGCAGAAUGUAUGUGGAGCCUGGUGCAGAAGCACCACCUCAUGGCUCAUUACCCAGCACAGUGCCAAUACUUGGCACCAAGGAGCUGCUGGGCAUAUGGAGGAGAAAGCUUCAUGUCCCUGAUGGUGGCAGUUGCUGGGAGCAGUGUGAAAAGCACACCUGCAUGGAUGCUCCCUUCCAAGGUUCUAGCCAAAUUUGAAUACGCUUUUCACUUGAUGCUGGAAGGGAUUUUUAAUCCAGACCUAGAAGAAAAUGAAGAAGUGUGA